AAAAGACUGCACCUCAAAGUGCCAGUGCUAGUGCUAGUCCAAGCCCAACACCAUCUGGAAGGGGUUCUUCUGUGCCAAUGGAAGCUGCAAAUGUGGACACCAUUGGAAGUGGUGUUGGCGCACAAGCACCACAUGUGCAGACUGAUGAAACUACAGCUAUAAUUGCAAAUCCAGAAGUUGUUCAGAUUCAUGUUGAAGGGGAUGACGAAGAUCAAGAGGAAGGGGAUGAUGUUGUUCACCUUACUGGUAAGAGGAAAAGGAGAUGCACUUCGGCUGUUUGGGAGCACUUUACCAAGUUGGAGAAGAGUGAGAGACAGAUCGAUUGGAUUGAGGAGAAGAAUGAGGAACAGAUAGACUCGAUUCAGGAGGAGAAGGAGGAAGAAGACAUGGACAGUGAUCCUGACAUCAUGGAUGAUGCCGAUGAGCUGUAGGCUGUAGCUUUUAACCAAGACUUAUGACAUGACUUUGUGUUAUGUUGUUCAGUACUUGUCUAGUGAGGCUGGGAGU